UGGCAACCCUGCACGAAUGUGUCAGGCACGAUCACACGAGUAAAAUGUAAAAGAAAACAUCGAUUCUAUCGCGGAAAACUGGAAUUUUUGGGCUAGCUCUUUGACAAAAUUUUUCAGAUUUUUGGAAACAAAUCGUAAAAAUUAGCCAGGUUUGCCUGAGCCUAAUAGCAGUUGUUCUAUAUUUGCAGCAAUGGGCAAUACCGUGUCAGCCGCAGAGUUCAUGGCAUCCAAUAUAGUACAUGCCGAAGCAGGAGUUCUCCCUAAAGGACAUCCUCCCAUUAGUAGCAAUGAUAGUAAAUCGGUAGGAAUUAGUCCCCCACCAGAAUGUCCAAUGCAUCAGAAACAGCUACCACCUAAAGACAAACCGGUUCUAGUAUCAGAGUGUCCUGUGAAACAUGAUGAAUCCGAUAUUAAUCCGCUUAAUAUGAUGCCACCAAUGAAUCAGAAUCCAGCGCCGGAUCAACCAUUUCCACUUCCCAAAGAACGUCAAGUCUCAACUAUCCCGAAAGUAACUGAAGAUGGGCGCCAGGAAUUCUGGGUUUACCCCAGCCAGCAGAUGUUUUGGAAUGCUAUGCUUCGUAAGGGUUGGCGUUGGCAAAAAGAUGACAUUCAACCAAAGGACAUGGACGAUAUCAUUAAAAUUCACAAUGCCAACAAUGAACAGGCAUGGCAAGAAGUACUGAAAUGGGAGGCGUUGCAUGCACGUGAAUGUGGCAAUCCCAAAUUGAAAAGUUUUGGUGGUAAAGCAACAGAAUACAGUCCUCGAGCGCGCAUUCGCAGCUGGAUGGGCUAUGAAUUGCCAUUUGAUAGGCAUGACUGGAUAGUGGACCGCUGCGGCAAAGAUGUACGCUACAUUAUCGAUUACUACGAUGGCGGCAUGGUCGAUGAUAAGUACAAGUUUGCACUACUCGAUGUAAGACCUGCGAUGGAUUCUGUAGAUAAUGUUUGGGACCGAAUGACGGUCGCCUAUAUGCGGUGGAAAUAUCAAUUCGAAGGUAAGAUUAAGGAAUUAACCAGUUAAAGAGACACCGGAAAAAACUGUGAAAACGUAUCUCGAUAUCAAAUGUUGAUCAAUUUAAAGCAAUUUAGUGAUGCCAUAAUUUGACGAUUCGAAUUAAAAUAAAAUUAUUAUCCUAACAGAACCAUACAAAGUUAGCAUCAUUGAAGUAAAA